AUGCCAGAGCCUAUUUUCUCCAAAUGUGGAUUCUUCUUGAAACUGAAAAAUAUAACCAUUCAGGGGAAGAACAAGCUGAAGAAUUGCAUUGAAGGAAAUGGCGGGCAGAUAACAUUUGUAAUAAAUGAUAAGUGCACUCAUGUUGUCACCGAUGAUGCCAACACACUUAGUUCUAUUCACCUGAAAACCAUCCAGAAGAAGCAGCUUCCCAUUGUAGGUGUCGAUUUCAUAUGGGACUCCGUCAAAGAAAACAGACUUUUACCAGCUUUUAACUGUGCGCCCCUCAAGACAUCGGAAAGUACACCUGAUGCGAAGAUUGUCUCUGUUUGUGAGGAUGGCAGUCAGAAGGUAAAUGACUGUGAUAAAAAUGGCGAAUCCUACAAGAGCGAGUCAAACGACAGCAGCAGGACAGAUGAACUAAGAUCAUUUUCAAAUAAUGAUAAAUAUAAUGAUAAAUAUACUGUUUAUUUUCCUGAAGACUUUGAGGUUGCUAAGUAUGACAUCCUUGAAAAGAUUACAGCACAUGGUGAAUAUGCUCUUGUUGAACUUCAGUGUGCUCGCCAGCAUUGUGAUUAUCCUUUUCGCAUAUGCACACAUUACAGUGUGUUGGAUGGAAUCAUGGACCAAAAACGAUGCACACCAACUAAAACGUCUGAGGAGGCCCGAAAUGCCUAUGAGCUUUGCAUUGAACAACUGAAGAAGGAAGAUUUUGAAUUAAGACAUGAUUUUCCACAUGAAGCAGAACAUUUAGCUUCAACAAAAUUACAAGAAGUGCUUGAAGUAGAAGCCCUCAGUUGCAGCACCUUGUCUGAAGAAGUUGGUGUAUUUGUGGAACUGAUCUGGGCUGAAGCGCUCGGGCUCUUGAACCAUCUGUUAUUUAAACCAGUAACCAGCAUCAGCCUGAAUGACGUGAGCAAAGCAGAAGGCAUUCUGCUUCAGGCCAAGAAGGCACUGGAGGAAGGGAAAUCUCCAAGAGAGCUGGCCGAAGUGAUAGCAGAAUUCUACAAAAUUAUACCUCAUAAAAGCUUGUUAGGCUGUAAUGUUUGCAAAAAGCUGUUGUCCAACAAGCAGGAUCUCUGCCAGCUAAUCAGAGACAUGCUGAAUGUACAUGAAAUAAAGAUGUCUAGUCCUAACCCGGCAUCAUUUUCCAAGUACCGGGCUUUGGGGUGUAAGAUAGAUGCUCUGGAUGGAAAUAGUGAAGAGUUUAAUAAUGUUAAACAGCAAGUUGUUCAAAACAACUUUAGCAAAUGUCCCAUAGAAGUUUUGCAGAUAUAUAAUGUCAGCAGAAGAACAGAAAAGGCUGCCUUUGAGAGAACUCUUGGCAACGUUCAGCCCUUACUCCAUGCUUCGUCUCCAUGCAACUUUGUCGGCAUCCUUUCUCGGGGUCUCCUCUUGCCAAAGAUGGUAGUUGAAGUACAUGGCAUCGAAAGAACUGAUUCUGGGAACUUGGGUUGUGGCAUUUAUUUCAGCAAUUCUAUAAGUACAUGCAUCAAGUACUCUCAGCCUAAUAAAACUGAUGGAACUCGGUUGCUGGUGAUUUGUGAUGUAGCACUUGGAACUUGUUUGGAUACUUACGAGAAGGAUAUUUCAUUAACUGCUGCCCCACCAGGCUAUGACAGCAUGCACGGAGUCCGCAAGGCAAAAGACAGUAAUUCAGCUUUCCAGGAUGAUGAGUUUGUGGUAUACAGAACGAGUCAGAUCAAAAUUAAAUAUGUGGUUAAGUUUUGCCUCGCUGAUGACAAAGUAAAGGAAUUCCAUCCAACAAUUCAGGCUGAGCUGGAAGACGAGGCUCCUGCCCCAGAGCAUCAGUCACAACCUGAAGAUUAUAAACUACCACACAAAAAUAUGCUGAAUGAUAUAACUGCUGGUCUUCUGGACAGAUCUGGAAACCCGAUUCCUCUGAAAGAUGUUCAAAUCAAGGGAAGAUUAAUAGAUUUUGUAGCACAGGUGGUAGUAUUUCAAACUUAUGAAAAUACAUCUGACAGCCCCAUUGAAGCCAAAUACGUCUUUCCUUUGGAUGACACAGCUGCUGUGUGUGGAUUUGAGGCUUUCAUCAAAGGGAAACGUAUAAUAGGCGAGGUGAAGGAAAAAGAAAAAGCUCACCUGGAAUACAGACAAGCUGUCAUUCGAGGCGAUGGCACUUAUUUGAUGGAUCAGGAUGCACCUGACAUUUUUACUGUUUCUGUUGGAAACCUGCCACCUUCAACCAAGGUCCUAAUCAAAAUCACCUACAUCAUGGAGCUGAAUUAUUACGGUUGCAGUUUUUCAUUUAACCUGCCUGCGGCGGUAGCACCUUGGCAACAAGACAAAGCGUUAAAUGAAAAUACACAGGACACAACAAGAAAAGUUGCUGUUAAGCAGAUAGGAACAAGAGCAGGAGGGUUCUCUUUGGAGAUGUCUAUUGAAAUGCCCUUUAAGAUCGAUAACAUUAGCAGCUGGACACAUAAGCUUGAAAUAAAGAAAACAGACUGUAAAGCCGUGAUCCGUACUGUGGAGGACAGUUCCCUGGAUGUCAGCGGGUUUGUGUUGGAAAUCACAGUUGGCAAUGUCCAUUUGCCCAGAAUGUGGGUAGAGAAGCAUCCAGACAAAGGGACUGAGGCAUGCAUGCUUGUAUUUCAGCCAGCGAUUGAUGAACCGUACAGCCCUUCAAGCUCCUGGGGGGAAAUGAUCAUCUGCCUGGACUGCUCCAAUUCCAUGGCAGGCUCAGAAAUCCAACAAGCCAAGCAGAUUGCAUUAUGUGCUCUGGAAUCAUGUUGGUUUUCAGCACCGUUAAGUGUUAUAAAAUUUGGUACAAGUUUUCUACAAUUUCCUUUCAAUCCUGGGCACUGCGUGAGGGAUUUCAAUUCCGUGAAGGAGUUUAUUUUAUCUGCUACCCCUUCAAUGGGAACCUCUGACUUAUGGAAGACUUUGCAUUUCCUGAGUCUGCUGUAUCCUAAAGGCAAACGCAACAUCCUUCUAAUAUCUGAUGGACAUAUUCAGAAUGAAGCCAUGACCUUGCAGAUUGUGAAGCAAAACGCCCAACACACCAGAAUAUUCACAUGUGGAGUUGGCUCCGCAGCAAAUCGCCACAUGCUGAGAUCUUUGUCCCAGUAUGGAGCUGGAGCCUUUGAAUAUUUUGACGUGAAAUCAAAGGAUAACUGGGAGAGCAAGAUAAUGUCUCAGGCUACUCGAAUGUCUUCCCCAGGAUGCAGUGCUGUUUCCAUUAAAUGGCAGCAGUUUGACACAAACGCACCCGAGCUAACAUACGCUCCUGCUCAGAUACAAUCUCUGUUUCAUAAUGAACGACUUCUGGUCUAUGGAUUUAUCUCCCGUUGUACUCAGGCCACUUUAAAUGCACUAGUAGAUGGCCAAGAAUUGCAGACCAUGGUAUCUACAACAGAACUGCAGAAGACAACAGGAACUAUGCUCCACAAACUUGCAGCAAGAGCCUUCAUUAGGGACUAUGAACAAGGGAUUCUUCAUGAGAACCAAGCAGAACAUGAAAUGAAGAAACAAGAGUUGAAAUCCCUGAUCAUUAAGCUCAGUCUGGAGAAUUCCAUUGUGACUCAGUUUACAAGUUUUGUGGCAAUUGAGAGAAGGGAUAUGAAUGAAGACCAGGGUGCUGAUACUCUGAAUGUUUCAGAAAUUGUAGCCAAGGAGAAUGUAGACAUCUUACCCUACAUACAGUAUCAACCAGCAGAUGAACAUAGCGCCAGUGCGUAUCUAGAGGCAAGUGAAGAAGACGUAUUCAGUGGUGAUUGGUGUGGAGACAUGGGUGCAACUGAACUUUCGUAUGAACUCUUGCCACCAGUUCUUCCUCUCUGCAGUCUUGACGAACAGGAUUUAACUGUGAAGAAGAAGAAGAAAUUGGCAAAAAAAGUCUGCCCAAUGCUUGCUGGACAAAAACCACUUAGUGCUGUUUCCUGGCCUCAGCUCUCUAAGCUGCAGAAUCAGGAUGGUUAUUGGCAGCUGACACCUGAACUUGGGACUCUUUUGGAUCUUGAUGUGAAUCAAUUAGUUAACGUCUCACUAACAAAAAAGGGAAUUCAGUCUCUUGGUCCCAAGGGGAAAGAGAAGCUGUUGCAGUUGAUUGCUACACUUCUGGUACUGCAGGUCGUAAGAUUCAAGCGGCUGGAAGGCGUCACUUUCAAAUCUCUGACGAAAUUGAAUGAUUCUCCCCCAUCACAGGCAUUUGAUGCAGUGAAAAAAGCAGUUGAAUGGGCAAAAAGAACUCACCGACAAUUCCCUGCUAUCUGCCAGCGUCUCGAACUUGGAAAAGACUGGGACUCUGCCACUAAGAAGCUGUUGCAUAUCGAAAUAACCGGAACCCCUUCCUCCUUGCCACCUAGGCGCGCGCCUCGCAGCCCCGUCCCCGCCCCCUUCGAGAGCCCAACCAGCCCUGUCGCCUGCUGUUCCCCGAUUGGCUCCUCGAAGCGGCCCGCUCUAUUGGCGCCUUCCUCCAGGACGCUCCUGAUUGGCCGCCGUUGA